AUGAUGUUCCGGGAUCAGGUGGGAAUCCUGGCCGGCUGGUUCAAAGGCUGGAAUGAAUGCGAGCAGACGGUGGCUCUGCUCUCCCUUCUCAAGCGCGUCACUCGCACCCAAGCCCGCUUCCUGCAGCUGUGCCUGGAGCACUCGCUGGCCGACUGCACCGAGAUCCACAUCGUGGAGUCGGAGGCCAACAGCGCAGCUGUCAUCAGCCAAUGGCACCAGGAAUCGAAGGACAAGGUGGUCUCCCUGCUCCUGUCUCACCUGCCCCUGCUGCAGCCUGGCAACACAGAAGCCAAGUCCGAAUACAUGAAGCUAUUGCAGAAGGUCCUGGCCUACUCCAUCGAGAGCAACCUGUUCAUCGAGGAAAGCCGGCAGCUGCUGUCCUACGCCCUCAUCCACCCGGCCACCACGCUGGACGAUCGCAACUCCCUGGCCCUGUGGCUCAACCACCUCGAGGAACGCCUGUCUAGCGGCUACUCCGGCCAGGGCAGGGGCCGGCCCGACACUGCCUACCACUCGCGCCAGGGCUCGGAUGAGUGGCAGGGCCCGGGGGACUCGGGCAUGGGGGAGCUGGGACACGGCUGGCAGGAGAAGCUGCCCCGCGAAAACGGACACUUGCCUUUCCACUCCUCCAGCUCGGUGCCCUCGGCCAUCAACAGCAUCGGAAGCAACGCAAAUGCAGCUCUGCCCUGCCAAAUCCACCCCAGCCCGCUCAAGCGCUCCAUGUCCCUCAUCCCCACCAGCCCGCAGGCCCCCGGCGAGUGGAUGAGCCCCGACGAGCUUUGCGCCCGGCAGGCGUUCAUCCCGGGGGACCAUGCGCCCCUGUCCCCCCAGAGCAGCGUGGCCUCCUCGGGCAGCGAACAGACGGAGGAGCAGAUGGGCAGCCGAAACAGCUUCCAGGAGGAUGGCAGUGGCAUGAAAGACGUCCCCUCGUGGCUGAAGAGCCUUCGUCUGCACAAGUACGCAGCCCUCUUCUCCCAGAUGACGUACGAAGAGAUGAUGACCCUCACGGAGCAGCAUCUGGAGUCCCAGAACGUGACCAAAGGAGCCAGACACAAAAUUGCCCUGAGCAUCCAGAAGCUGCGGGAGAGGCAGAGUGUUCUCAAGUCUCUGGAGAAGGACAUCCUAGAAGGAGGGAACCUGUGGAACGCGCUCCAGGAGCUCCAGCAGAUAAUCAUCACGCCCAUCAAAGCAUACAGCUCCCUCCAGGCCAUGGCCACGCCCAAGGAGGGGCAGCAGGCGGUGCCUGAGCGCCACGGAGCCCCCAGGCCGGGCCUGGACAAAGCCACCAACGGGGCAGAGGACAAGGAGCCUGCAGUGGACGGCUUCCCAUCCCAGACGGCCUCCCCCUGCGACGGGGAGUCGGCCACGGCACCCAUCGCGGAAGGGGACAUCCCGGGGCAGUUCACCCGGGUGAUGGGGAAAGUGUGCACGCAGCUGCUCGUCUCCCGGCCUGACGAGGAAAACAUCACCAGUUACCUCCAGCUCAUAGAGAAGUGCCUGACUCACGAGGCAUUCACGGAGACGCAGAAGAAGAGGCUGUUGUCCUGGAAGCAGCAGGUGCUGAAGCUGUUGCGAGCGUUCCCCCGGAAGGCCGUGCUCGACAUGCAAGGGUACCGCCAGCAGAAAGGGUGGGCCUUUGGUUCCAACUCUCUCCCCAUAGCUGGAUCUGUGGGGGUGGGCGUCGCGCGCAGAGGGCAGCGGCCGUUCCAGAUGCCCCCUCGAGCCAUGCCCCCGAGCCGCCUCGGGCUGCUGAGUCCGGCGGGGAUUGGAGGGGUCUUGCCCCGGCAUGCACUUACCAGCCCCAUCGGGAGCCAGGGACGACAGAAUCUGUGGUUCGCCAAUCCCGGGGGCAGCAACAGCAUGCCGGGCCAGAACCGCAGCUCGGUCCAGCGCACCCAUUCGCUACCCGUCCACACGUCGCCGCAGGCCAUCAUCAUGUUCCCCCAGGAUUGCCAGAUCCCCGGAACAGACCUGGAGAUCAACCCCACGCUGGAGUCGCUGUGCCUGAGCAUGACGGAGCACGCGCUGGGCGAUGGCACCGACAAGACCUCCACCAUUUGA